AUGCAUGUCCGGUGGGACAGGGUACCCCGCUUGCCAGAGUGUCCGUGCCUCUUCGAUGAGGAGCCAACGCUGUGCGAAGCCGUUCGCUUCGACGCCUUCACCUUCGUAGCGUUCCAUGGUGUCGUGGUGGAAGCGUGGGUUUCGCUCGACAUUCUGCUCGUUGGAGGGGAAACGCUAGCUCGUUCCCUCUUCCUCCCUCUUCCUCCCCCGAUCCCGCCGCCGCCGCCGCCCUCCGGCCCGCCGCGGCCCGCCUCCGCCGCGCCCGGCCUCCUCCGCCCCGCCUCCUCCGCCGCGCCCCGCCUCCUCCGCCCCGCCUCCGCUCGCCUCCGCCGCGGCCCGCCUCCGCCCGGCCUCCUCCCGCCCCGGCCUCCUCCGCUCGGCCCCGCCUCCGCCGCGCCCCGCCUCCGCCCCGCCCUCCUCCCGCCCGCCCUCCUCCCGCCUGCCCCGCCCCGCCCCGCCCUCCUCCCCGCUCGGCCCCGCCGCGCCCCGGCCUCCUCCGCUCGCUUCGCCGCGCCCCGGCCUCCUCCGCCCGGCCCGCCGCGCCCCGCCUCCUCCGCCCCGCCUCCGCCCCGCCUCCGCCGCGGCCCGCCUCCGCCCCGGCCUCCUCCCGCCUCGGCCUCCUCCGCUCGGCCCCGCCUCCGCCGCGCCCCGCCUCCGCCCCGCCCUCCUCCCGCUCGCCUCUCCUCCCGCUUCGCCCGCCCGCCCCGCCCUCCUCCCGCCCGGCCCCGCCGCGCCCCGGCCUCCUCCGCCUGCCCCGCCGCGCCCCGGCCUCCUCCGCCCGGCCCCGCCGUGCCUCCGGCCUCCUCCGCUUUGCCCCGCCCUCCUCGCUUCGGCCUCCUCCGCAUCGCCCCGGUCAAGAUGGAGAUGAACAACAACGUGAGACUCCGUGAUGAUCUAGUCGAGCACCAGUGGCAUUUGGAUGGGCAGCGCCGUGCCGCAUGA